CAGCGGAGGGGAAGGGCGCCGAGGGAGCUCGGAGCGGCCCCGCGUGGUCGGCGGCUCCGGGAAGGCAGAGGAAGAGGUGUGGAGGUCCCUCCGGCGUCCACGGAAGGGAGAGGAGCGCUGCCGUGGAUCGCCGCCGCCGCCUGGUCCUCUUUCCCGCGGCCGUCUGAAGGAGGGCGAUGGCCAUGCUGCUGGACGGCGGGCCCCAGUUCCCCACCUUGGGGGGCUUCGCGGCCUCUCGGCCCCACCCGCACGACGUGACCCUGGGGCUCAACCCCGCGCCCUUCGCCGACUCUUCCUUCAAGCUCAGCCCCGCCGCCCACGAGCUGGCCUCGGCUCAGGGAUCCGCCUUUACGCCGCAAGCUUCAGGCUUCGCGCAGCACCACCAUCACCACCACCACCAUCAUCCACACCACCACCCGCACCACCAUCACCCGCCGCCGCCGCCUCACCCGCCGCCGCCGCCUCACUCGCACGCCGCCGCCGCCGGUCAGGUGCCUUCGCCUUACGUGGCCGCCUUCAACUCCACGCGGGACUUUCUCUUCCGCAACCGCGGGGGCUGCGCCCUGGCCGAGGCGCCCUCGAGCGGCGGCGGCGGCGGAUCCAGCGGGGCCCCCGUCGGCUCCCCGGCGCCGCACGGCCUCUUCGGCAGCAACGCGCCCGGCGGACUCCAUGCGCCCGGCGGCCUGGCGGACGGCGCGGGCGGCUACCUGCUCUUCCCCGGCUUGCACGAGCAGAACGCGGCCGGCCUGCCUUCGCCGUCGGGGCCCGUGGAGGGCGGCCAGCUGCACCUGGGUCUGCGCGGAGACUUCUUCGGCCGGCCGGACUCGUACCGGGCCAUCUCCAGCCCGCGAGCGGACGCUUACGGGGCCGCGCCGCCCUUCCCCAACUACGGCCCGGUGAACGUGGGGGGCAUGAACGUGGGGACGGCCCACCACCCUCCCCACCACCCCCACGCCCACCCGGGAGCCGGCGCCUUCUUCCGCUACAUGCGGCAGCCGGUGAAGCAGGAGCUGGCUUGCAAGUGGCUGGAGGAGGCUUCCCAGCCGUCGGGGGCUCGUUCCAAGAAGUGCUGCGAGCGGCAAUUCAGCACCAUGCACGAACUGGUCACCCACCUCACGCUGGAACACGUCGGGGGCCCCGAGCAGAACAGCCACGUGUGUCUGUGGGACGAGUGCGGCCGCCAAGGCAAAUCCUUCAAGGCCAAGUACAAGCUGGUCAACCACAUCCGCGUCCACACGGGCGAGAAGCCCUUUCCCUGCCCCUUCCCGGGAUGCGGGAAGAUUUUCGCUCGCUCCGAGAACCUCAAAAUCCACAAAAGGACCCACACAGGAGAAAAGCCCUUCAAGUGCGAAUUUGAAGGCUGUGAUCGGCGUUUUGCGAACAGCAGCGACAGAAAGAAACACAUGCACGUACACACCUCUGACAAGCCCUACGUCUGCAAAGUUUGUGAUAAGUCCUACACCCACCCCAGUUCCUUAAGGAAGCAUAUGAAGGUCCACGAAACGCAGAGCUCCGAAUCCUCGCCCGCAGCUAGUUCAGGCUACGAAUCCUCCACGCCCCCCGCCCUGGCUGCUGCCCCCAGUAAGGACUCCGGGAAAGCUGCCCCUUCCACUGUUCAGACGGCCAACCCGAACCCUAGUCUGCCCCCCAACUUCAAUGAAUGGUAUGUUUGAGGAGGGGGAACCCGCGGCCUGCCCCCUCCUCACUUUGAUUCCCAGUGACAUCAAAGGACAGCCAGCCCUCCCGCCUGGCCUGCUGCUGCUGCUGCUGUUGGAUUUUACUGGACAAAAAUUGCCAAAAGGAAGGAGGAAAGUGGGGGUGUCAGGGGGCAGCAUCCCCAUCUCUCUCACCCCAUCCAAGAGCCAGAGGGAGGUUGAACUUAACCACGUCUGCUGUUCUCAGGAUUAGCCGGUUUUCUUUCUGCAUUGGGUGUUUCUUUCCGGGUUUUUUAAUUUUUAAAAAACAAUUCUUCUAAUUCAUUCUUCAUCUCCCAUCCUCCCUUUUUUCCUCUCCUUUUGUAACUGACUUCCAUGGAUGUUGCAUCUUUCACACCCGACUUCUUUUCAGUGGGAUGUUUGGAAAUGAAGCCGAUGUUUUUUCUCUUGGCCUUAUGCGAUUGUUCAAAGUAGAAGGAAAAAACAGUUUUAAACUUGCCAAAGUCCUAUAUUUUCUUUCUUUCUUUCUUUCUUUCUUUCUUUCUUUCUUUCUUUCUUUCUUUCUUUCUUUCUUUCUUUCUUUCUUCCUUCCUUCCUUCCUUCCUUCCUUCCUUCUUUCCUUCUUUUCCCUCCUCUCCUCCCUCCCUCCCUUUUUCUCUCUUCCUUUUCCUUUCUGUUGUGAAUGUAUUUUCUUCUAAUGGCAGAAAUAGGAAGGGGGUCAUUCAAUCUAUUUUUUACAAUGGAAAAAAAAUAUUAUUUUCACCCAGCUCCUGGCAGUUUAGUAUAAACAGUUGCCUUUUUGUAAUACCUCUUUUGUGUGUAAAUACAUAUCCAUGAUGCCAUAUUUAUCAUUUGUAAUUUAAUUAUUGAGACAAGUGCCAGGAACUGAACAAUAUUUAUGAGAAAAAAAUCCCAUUAAAAAUAUCAAUUUCAUUUUCUAACAAAAGAAGAAAAAAAAUCCACAGAUGACAAUGUACAGCUUUUGGUUAUAUAACUGCUUUAGCAUUAAAAGUUUAUUGUUUGGGAAAGGACACACGGUAGGCCUAGUUUUUUAAAAUUUGGUGAGUGUCACUUGUGUGUAGAGCAACUUUCAAUGCUGCAGAAAACCCAACCUGGAGCUGCAGGUUUUAAACAAACUUUUCUCUUUUACUCUGAAUUUCUGCUUUAGCUUCUUCUGGUUUCUCAUUUUAAUUUUUUAUUUCUGUGAAAAGCUGCUGGUGUGCAGGAGAAAAGUUUUCAGGUUUUCCGUUUUACGCCUUCCCCUCUUUCGAAUUGCCUUCUCUCUCUCCUGUUUGCUUCCUGGAUCGGGCUUGCUUACCUUUUGACCACACAAUUCCCUAAAACCGUUUGGACCCCGGAAGGAGGGAGGACGAACCAUCUUGACAGAUCCAGAGGCCCGAAAAAGCUCCGAAGCGGUGAGAUCUUUGCCUGGAUUUUCAUUUUCUAUGAAAUCUCCCAUCUGCUCAGAAAUGCACAGCAUUUGAGAUCUCUAGAUACCGAGGCUUAGUCACCUACUUGGCAAAAAAGAUUCUCCCAAGUGGUAAGAAAUGUUUUAAUUUCUUCUGGAAUGUGUGGAAUUCAUGAAGUCUCCUUCAAGCUUUGGGCGAUUCCACCCUAUUCUCCAGCCCAGCUUUUUCUGACAUCCAGAUCUAGUUACACAAAGCAUCCCCGUUGCUAAAGACAUCACAUUUAUCUAGAAUACACAAAAAGGCAUAUCAGUUGUGUCCUUCUUGGAUUCCUUAUUCACUCAAUGCAGGUACAAGUUGAAAGUUGUACAACUUUGUGUUUAAAGGACAGCCACAAGGAGGUAAGAUUUCCCUUAACUGGUAAGAAGGUUAAAAAAAAAUGUCAGGGUGAUUGCUGUUGAUGUAAGACUAAAGUCUGCUUACUUUUUACAUGCAUCACAACAUACACAGACACGAAACCAGGGUUUGGAUCAUGUGAUCAUGUCUGCCAUCUUGGUUUUUUUUACAGCCUUCCUACCAUGGACAUCUAGUGUCUUUCACACAUCUUGGACUGGAUCUCCAGCUAGUACCAAAACCAGCCUUUGGCACUGAAGUCCAACAGAAUGGAAGAGUAUCUAUUUGACUAUAACCAUAAUUUGAUGAGUAAAUCACAACCGAUGGUUUUGUUCAAUGUGUUAUGUUGCCAGUCAUGAUUUACAACCUCAGUGGGUGGGUUUACACUCUUCCUCAAAUUGUACAAUCAUUCGGUUUUGAGCAAACCAACUUGAGGGUGAAUUGAUAAAGUUUCCUGCAUGGACCACACUUGUCCGGCUUUGCCCAAUGUGCCAAACCCCAAGCCAUGGUUUAUAAGCCAUCACAUCUCACUUAAGAGAGAAACUAUGUAACGUCGUAGCAUCAGAUGUCAGAUGUGGCUCAAAGGAAGACUUUUGACACUCUGCAUUGGGAGAGAUGGCUUGCCAUAACUCCGUUUUGCAAAUGCAAGUCGAGAUCAUUCGUAGAAGGAGAACUAAUCAUGGUUACAUUUGCACUAAAAACAAUCUUUCUAUCUGUUUGCUCCUAGGGCAGAUGGGGGUGGGGGUUCAGGUCCUCCCAACUCCCAAGGGAAAUAAAACAAUUUAUGGCUCUUUCUCCCUUCCACUUAUUGGACAAUAUGUCUCCUGCUGUUCAAGAGGAAAUGGAUGAGAAGAAAGUGUCGUUCUUACACAUUUGGAACAUUAAAUUAUGGGAGGAAUCACACCCCCACAGAUCAUUUUUGAGGGAGCUCUUCUGAGGGUAUCGGGAGGUUGAAUUUCAGGAAGCAAAAUGGGGAAACCUUCUGCUUUUUGAUAAAUUUGUAAAUCUUUAUCAUGAUUUUUGAAUUUGGCACCACGAAAGGUUUUUUUUUUUUUUUUGUAACUUUCAGGACAUACUCAGAUCUUUGUGUCUGCACAAAAUGAGUCUUCAUUGUCCACUUUAUAUUCCCUCCCCUUCUCCUGCCCCCCCAAAAUACUGGGAAGAGAGAGGAAGAAAUCUUAGUUGUGGACAGUUUUCAUCUUUUGCAUAAAACCUUGCACACAUCCAGCCUGUGUUUUGAAACACUGUAACUGGAAACAUGUGGCUGCGCUCCAGUUCUUAAACGAAAGCUGUUAGCAUCUGUUUUCAGUUACGACGUACAUAACAUCGGAAUACAAGGCAGCAGACGUUGGUGAUAAAACCAAGUGGCAUGGAGAUUCAAAUUUAUUUGGAAGUCUGUUUUCACUUUCUGCCCUUCAGAGGGCUUCUUGAUCUAUAUUAAACAUCAUACUAGCCUGUUUUGGCGCUUCCCUGCAACUUAGAUGGACUCGGAACAAAGAAAACCAAAGUACAAAAUAUGCAAAAAUUCUACGACUCUGCAGCAAAUAAAAGCAAAAUAUUAGCCCAGGCUUUGGUGAGAAACACCUGUCUAAUGAAGCCAGUUCUGUUCAUGUCAUGAAGGGAAUAUUGGAUUAGAGUUUCCUUUGGCUGAACAAACCACGUUCCGUCCAACUCAUCCACUGAGUUGGUUGACUCACUGCAUUUUGGAAGAAGUGAAGUAAUCCUUGACUUACAACAGAGGUCCUCAAACUUGGCCACUUUAAGACUGUGGAUUUCAACUCCCAGAAUUCCCUAGCCAGCCAUGCUUGAGAACCCCUGACUUACAACCAGAAUAGGGGCCACCAUUUCUGUGGCUAAGCAAGGCAGUUAAGUGACUUGCAUCUGAUUUUAUGAUCUUCCCGUAGUCCUCACCAAGUGGUCCUUCAAUUAAUUAACCAGGUUGGCUUUUUUAUCCUACUCAAUAUUUGUUCCCAUCCCUUUCAUAUCAGAGGAUAGGCAAAAACUACCAAUGGUUAAUAUCCAGGACAAAAUGUUUAUUGUUCAAUACCUCUUCACACCUGGGAGACCUGCUCAGGAAUGUAGGAACUGAAGAAUGACACAUCUUUUAUCCCUGUUCAGUUGCAAGAAAUUGCACUGUGAAUUUGGCCUAUUAUGCAGGGUUUUCUUUUUUUUCUAGGAGUAAUCAUUGAGGCAGCAGGAUGUUCAAGAUGCUUUCCGAAAGCCAUUUCUCCCUCUUUUCAAUGUGGCAAUUUACAAACUCAGUAGCUGCACAACCUCACAGAAAUAGAUUUGCUGCUCUGUGGGUGUGGAAUUGACUGCUUCAUUCUUGCAACUCGAAUCUGAAAUUGGGCGGCAAAGGAAGGUCCAGAUCACUGAAAUAAAUAAGGUUGCUCCAAAGAUAGAUCCACAGGCUGAAAUAUAUGCAGCUUCUUCCUUUAAUCCUGGAUCAUUGUCUGCAAUGUGCAUUUUCUCUGGGGUCUUCAGAUAUGGUGAUGCUUGUUGUAAAAAUGGGAUGUCAACAUUUGCCUCGACUUUUCCUGAAGGUGUUUUUUUUUUGGAGUGUUUGAUGUCUCACUGCUGUUUCCUGAACUGCCACCCAAUCUUUCAGGAUAAGCAAAAGUAAACUUUGCAAAGAAAAAUGUUGGGAGCUUUGAGCACAUCUCUGCGAAACAUAGCAUCUUUGAUGGGUGAUGGCCCAAGUUUCAGCAUGCAAAAUACGAGCACGGCUAUGAAGUGAUUGUCCUUUCCCAGCGGCGAAGCCAAGGAGGGUCUUGUUCUUCUAAAGGAUGAAAAGGGCUCCUUAAUUAAAGGAAUAAUCUGAACCUCACUGUUUAUAAACAUGUAAACAAGUUGAUUGCAGGCGUGAGCCUGAAUUGGUCUAAUAAGCACUUGAGGGUGUGUGAAUUAGCCACGGUUCAUGGACUGUCCAUGAGUUAGUUACCAGUAAUUUAAAAUUAAAGAUGUGAAUUUCCUAGGUGGCAUUCAGACAUGCUAAUGGGUGCUAGAAGAGAAAGAUGGAAGGCCCUUUGAAGACUCCGAGAGUCAAGGAAAGCAUAAUCUUGCAAGUCUCUGGUUAUUUAUUUUUUCUUGCAUGCAAAUGCUCAGCAGAGUCUGCUGAUGAAGUCUCUAUUUCCUGCCUCGUUGGUCUGGGAAAGCAGAUUUCAAGCAGAUAAUUUUUGGUUUUUAGCCUCACCCUAAGGCAGGUGAAGGAAAUCAGGUGCCCGCUGUGCAGAGCUAAGCAGAUUUAAGCUCAAGAAGGGGACCAUCUUCCCAGUGCCCACGAAAUCCCCUUGAAUUCACAUCACCAGCUCAUUUUUUUUUUUUUUUAAGUCUGUUCUGCAGAGAAAGAGAACAGAAUAGCAACUGGACAGCAAUGUCAUUUCCAAUUUGAAAGUCCCCUGCUCCGGUUGGGCCAUGCAGAGCAGUUCUCUGCCAUGUGUCUCAGUCUGGAGUUAGGGGCCUGAAUGAAGCCUUCCAUCAGCA